AUGGGAGGCAAGCGCAUGUCCAAAGAAGAGAAGCGCCAAGCUAUGCUUGGCAUCUACCACAAGUCUAAGCAAGUGUACACCGAGAACGAAAUUCUCAAGUUGGCGUCCAAAGAAGGGAUCACUGGUAAUGAGGGAGUCAUCAAGGACAUUCACAACAGUCUCAUUGACGAUAAUCUUGUCGAAAAGUCGAAAAUAGGACAGCAAAACUUUUUCUGGAGUUUUCCCGCCAAAAAACAGCGCAUGGCGGAGAUCCAACUCAAAAAGACGGAAGAGAACAUUGAAGUCCUCAAAGUCAAGGUGGAAGAAGCCAAAGCUCGUUUGACCGAUGCCAAGCGUGGCCGCGAGGACGAUGAUGGAGAACGCUCUAAAAAGUUGGCCCGAUUGACUGAGAUUGGCAAGGAGCGUCAGGCCUUGGAAACCGAAUUGGCAGCCCUCAAAGAGAGUGAUCCCCAGGCGAUUGCGGACUUGGAAAAGGAGCUGAAUUAUGUCACUCAGGCUGCAAAUCGAUGGACGGAUAACAUCUAUGAAGCUCACAGCUUUCUCGUCAAGAAGAAAGGAAUGGAAAAGAAACAAGCCAAUCGGAUGUUGGGAAUCACUGAUGCGUUUGAUUAUCCCGAGGACAAGAUUCCCAAAUAG